AUGCUGAGAGAUCAGUGCAUAAAAAGGUUGUUGACAAACAUUGUCCGUCUUUUCCUCGCCAUAGUUUCGACUCAAGUUUGCAUGAUUUUUUACCGGAAGUUGGACUUCAAAAAGGACUCCUUUCUCUUGGUAGGUUCUUUUCUUGUCAACUUGACCCAUUGCUUUAAUCCAAAAUUGUAUCAUUUUAAUGUUUCCAAGAUUCAGUCCCGUUGGUCACCGGCCGGAGCAACGUGGUAUGGAAGUCCCACCGGCGACGGAAGUGAAGGAGGUGCUUGUGGGUAUGGAAGCGUUGUAGGGCAACAUCCUUUUUCUUCCAUGGUAUCAGCUGGAGGCUCUUCUUUAUUCAAAUCAGGCAAAGGUUGUGGGUCUUGCUAUCAGGUGAGGUGCACCAAAAAUGCAGCGUGUUUGGGGAAUCCAGUGACCGUGGUGAUCACCGACGAAUGCCCGGGUUGUGUAUCAGAAUCAGUUCACUUUGAUAUGAGUGGAACUGCAUUUGGAUCCAUGGCCAAGCAAGGCCAAGCUUAUCAACUACGAAAUGCUGGACGAUUGCAGAUUCAAUAUCAAAGGGUGCAGUGUCACUAUCCAGGAGUGAAUUUGGCCUUCCAUGUUGAUUCUGGAUCCAACAACUACUACUUUGCGACGGUAAUAGAAUACCAAGACGGCGACGGCGAAAUCCGUACCGUUGAACUCCAGCAAGCGCAGCGCAAAGAUGAGUGGCUUCCCAUGCAACAAUCUUGGGGUGCAGUGUGGAAGCUUAACUCAGGGUCUGAGUUGAAACCUCCUUUCUCUCUCAGGGCUACGUCACUGGAAUCCGGCAAGACGGUUGUGGCAAUCAAUGUGAUCCCGGUAGGGUGGCACCCCGGUGCAACAUAUCGAUCGGUUGUCAACUUUGAUCACUGA